AUGCCGGGAUUCUGCUACAGUCGCUCAGGGGCCCUGCUGCUGGCCCUCCUGCUUCAGACCUCCAUAGACGUGUGGAGCUGGUGCCUGGAGCGCAGCCAGUGCCAGGACCUCACCACGGAAAGCAACCUGCUGGCUUGCAUCCGGGCUUGCAAACUCGACCUCUCGGCGGAGACGCCCGUGUUUCCAGGCAACGGGGAUGAACAGCCCUUGACUGAAAACCCCCGGAAGUACGUCAUGGGUCACUUCCGCUGGGACCGCUUCGGCCCCAGGAACGGCAGCAGCGCUGGUGGCGCGGCGCAGAGGCGUGCGGAGGAAGAGGCGGCGGGGGGAGAUGGCCGUCCGGAGCCGAGUCCACGCGAGGGCAAACGCUCCUACUCCAUGGAGCACUUCCGCUGGGGCAAGCCGGUGGGCAAGAAGCGGCGCCCGGUGAAGGUGUACCCCAAUGUCGCCGAGAACGAGUCGGCAGAGGCCUUUCCCGUAGAGUUCAAGAGGGAGCUGGAAGGCGAGCAGCCAGAAGGCUUGGAGCACGUCCUGGAGUCCGACCCCGAGAAGGACGACGGACCCUACCGGGUGGAGCACUUCCGCUGGGGCAACCCGCCCAAGGACAAGCGUUACGGUGGCUUCAUGACCUCCGAGAAGAGCCAGACGCCCCUGGUGACUCUCUUCAAGAACGCCAUCAUCAAGAACGCGCACAAGAAGGGCCAGUGAGGGUGCAGGGGUCUUCUCACUCCAAGGCCCCCUCCUUGCAUGGGCGAGCUACUGAUCGCUAGCCUCUUAGAGUUACCUAUUGUUAGGAAAUAAAACCUUUCUGAUUUCA